AGUGCCUUGGAUCUACCUUCAUUCUCUUCACACCAGACAGCACUCUGGAGUCAUGGCAUCUCCUCCGCUUGUGAACUGUGGACUCAAUAUGAACUUCUUCAACCUGGUGAUGGCCUGUCUCUAUUUUGCGCUGUUCAUCCCUGCUCUUGUGCUAAAUAUUGUGACAGUCUGCAUCUCCUGGAAACUAAAGGCCAAAUCCGCAUUCAUCGUCUAUCUGAAGAACCUUGUGGUGGCUGACCUUCUGAUGACCUUGAUGAUCCCGCUGAAGGUGCUGAGUAAUUUGCCUGGAGCUUCCAACGGAUUAAUGGUGCUCGAUUGCCAUGUUAGCUCACUAUUCUACCUCUGCCUGCACAUGAGUAUCAUACUGAUGGGUCUCAUCAGCCUUGACCGCUUCUUCAAGAUCGUUCGACCCGCUGGGAAACUGUUUGGCCAAAGUGCUCUGUUUGCCAGGGUGGCCGUCAUCAUUAUCUGGACUCUCUUGCUCAGUGUGAAUACCAUACCUACCAUGAUGUUCAACAAUGUACAGCCUACAAAUAACAGCCAACAGCCAACAAAUAACACAGCAGAAGUGUGCAUGUCCAUAAAGAGUGAGUUUGGGAAACGGUACCAUGAAGUAGUAACUUUCGAGUGCAGUGUGAUUUUCCUUGUUGUCUCUCUUGUCAUGGGAUUCUGUUACACGUGCAUCUCAAAGAGGGUCAUCAUGUCAUACCGAAUAUCUAGGAGCACAGACGUAGACGGAGGACGAAAGAUCAAAGCUCGAGUGUUUAUCGUCCUGGCGGUGUUCCUGAUCUGCUUCGCCCCCUACCACAUCACACGCCUCCCUUACGUUCACCGUCAGGUGGAGAACAAGAUUACCUGCCAGUGGGCUUCCCUGAAGGUGGCUAAGAGCUUCACUCUGUGGCUCGCUACCACCAACGUCUGCCUGGACCCCCUCAUCUACGUAUUGCUGUGCAAAGCCUUUCGGGAGAAACUCUAUCAGUUCAAGAUAUUUGGACAAUGGCCUUCCACUUUAGCACAGGUCAUUAAUGAGGAUGCUGAUCUUUGA